CUCAUCUAUUAUCUUAAUUAGGAGAAAGUUUAUGGGCUGAAUUAAAAACAUUACAAUAUUGGGACAGAAAUGAAUCAAACUUGUGAAAAUAAGGACCAUAUUUGGUAACUUAGCUUGUCCAAUCAAAAUAGAGCGUCCCGUAAGCCUAGCUAAUAUAAAUACUCUUCACUAAUUCCUUCCUUUUUCUUAACUUUCUUCCAUCUCACUUGCUUUCAUAAAAACACAUCAUCGUUUCCUCUUCUUCUUCUUCUUGUAUCUAAGAAUCAAACAUUUAAAAAAAAAAAGAAAGAAAAAAGAUGGCAUGGUACGAACCCGAAAUCAUGUGCAGAAAGCACCCGGAUCAAAGGCAACAACCAGGGUUUUGCGUGUCCUGUUUGAAUGAGAGAUUGUCAAAGUUACCAAGCUUCACUUUCAACAUUCCUCCUUCACGUUCUUCGUCUUCACACUCUUCAUCACCGGCUUUCAACUCCUCUUCAACAUCUUCAUCCACUUGUGCUUCCCCUAAUAAUAAUAACAAGCAUCAUGAUCAUAAGAACAAUCGCCAUCAUCGGAAGAUUUCAUCGUUGGGGUUCCAUUUUAUAGUUCAUCAUGGGAAAAACAAUGGUACUAAUGGGAUGAUGAGGAAGAGCAAAUCCAUCACCCAUGUUACCAGAAGGAGAGGGAGAAAACAUAAUGGUAACAACAACAACAACAAUAAUAAUGAUGGUUUUGAUGGCAAGAAAAAAGAAGGGUUUUGGUCUAAGCUGCUGCUUCGGUCCAGUAGUUCCAAGAGUACUAAAGGAUCUCCUCAUGUCCAUGCCAAGAUUGUGAAAGAAGAAAAUACAUCGGAAUUAUGAAGUGUUAUAGCCGGAUUCAGAGUGGUGGCCGGAAAAUAGAAGAGAAUUCAGCCACAAGAUCAAAUGCUAGGAUAGCUACCUUUUUCUUAAUUUUACUUUUUAAAGUUUUUUCUUUUUUUUUUUU